AUGGGAUGCUGGAAUGUACGAACGUUCCUGGACCCUGGUACUCAAAGUCUGACCGCACGCAGCCUCCAUCAGUACAACGUGGAUGUCUGCUGUCUGUCUGAGGUACGACUCCCUGACUCGGGCUCUCGUGAAAUAAAGAUCCCGGGAGUCGAAUCCCACUUCACCCUGUACCACAGCGGCCCCCGCGAUUCCUCUGGUCGACACGGUGUGGCGAUCGCCUUAUCACAACAAGCGGAGCUUGCGCUACUUGCUUGGGAACCAGUAAAUGACCGGAUGGCCUACGUGCGACUGAAGGGUCACUUCACGAACAUCUCCAUCGUCGCUGUGUACGCACCAACUUCGGCUGCCGAACAGCGCGAUAAAGAGGCGUUUUACUCUCAGUUGCGAGCGCUAGUUGAAAGACUGCCUCGCCGCGAUCUGCUGAUUGUUGCUGGCGAUUGGAAUGGUCGAACUGGACCUGGCGACCCCACAACCAGUCAUCAUCUUGGCCGCUUUGGGCUUGGUUCUCGAUGUGAAAAUGGUGAGAGAUUGCUGAACUUCGCUGAUCGAAACCGACUGCUUGUCACCAACACAUGCUUCCAGCAUCGCAAAAAACAUCUGCUGACCUGGUAUUCAAACGACGGUCGUACGGCCAGUCUUAUUGACUACAUACUAGUCAGCUCAAGGUUCCGCAGCUGGGUUCACGAUAGCAGAUCGAUGCGUGAUGCCGAGACUGGUAACGCCCAUGGGUCGGACCAUGUCCUCGUCCGUACACGCCUGAAAGUUCAUCUCUCAUCCGCACCAAAAAUGCCACGUCCUAUACGCCUCAAUGUCGCAAAAAUCCGGCAAGCCAGCACUGCCGAGGCCCUAAGCAGAGAAAUCCAGACCUGUUUUACGGCCCGAGUCGACGGAGAAGUCAGUAACCAGUGGUCGUCACUGAAGACAUCAGUCUAUGGGGCAGCUGAGAAAAUCCUUGGAUACACCCAGCGACGCCGCAGUGACUGGAUCAGCGGAAGAACCCUGCAGUUGUCUGCUCAGACGGCUAGAGCCAGGUCCCGCAACGAUGACUACUUCCGCCAACUUCGGAAGAUGACGGCAAAAUCGGCCAGGGAUGACCGGAAACAAUAUUGGGCUGAAAUAGCGACAUCCAUGGAACAGGCCAUUCCAACAAUCGCCUUACUGGCCGUCUUGGAGUUGGCAUGA